UGACGCUCCAGUCGCGGUCUGCCGGCCGUCGCGACGCUCGGGGCCGCUCCGCAGCCGCGCCGCUCGCGCUCGCCGCCUCGCCGCCUCGCCGCGUGUGUACCCACGUCUGAGAUGCACUGCUGAGCACCUCAGCCCCGUUGCCACUGGGAUUGCGCCCAGUCCGCGGACAGUGUCUAUCACAGUGCAGUGUGCCACUGGGGCAUUGUUAUAUGAUGUUUGCAUAAAUAAAUCAGAAAUGGGUUAAAGUGAAUUUAUUAUAUUUGUAUUCUUACUUACGAAACUACGAUGAUGCCCAGAUAAUAAAUAUAAACGGAGUAAAAGACAAAAAGCGAACAUAAUAUUACUGGACAUACAUAUUUGUUUUCCCUUCGCCCUCCCCUUUCCGUCAAAGUUUUCCUCCUGAGUAUCCCGAUAAUAAGCGUUCAUAUAAGUCGACUGACAUAUCGAUACCUUAACUUAUCUUAACUUCUAAGCCAACUCUCAAGACUGAACUAGAUCUUUCUAACAAAUCGUUAUUCUUAUAUUCUUAUAAAAAGUGCCAAAACAUAGUUGGUAAGAAGUUAGGAACUGUUCAGUGACGUGUCGGGGUUAUAAUACAGUGGAGUGACGUAUGGUGAUAUCGUGUGCGUGCGCAUGUGUGUGUAGUGUUUGUGUGUGCGUGGAGCGGCGCAGGCGCGUUGGCUCAGGGGCGCGCACGGCUCCAAGGUGGUCGGAGGCGGGGUGUUCCGUUGCUGCGUGCCCUGGUGCGGGGCGCGCGCGGCGGCGCCCGUCGACGACGCCGACUAUGCCCUGCGGGAGGGCAGCCCGCAACUAUCCCACGAUGAAUAUGUCGCCCCAGAGCCUGUAAUAAGCUCACCGCGUCCUAUCGGUCAACAGUCUCCGCUACCGGGGAUCGAAGAAGAGGACGAUUCUGAUUGGCCUCUCGAAGACGCCACUGACUUGACGAUCACACCUUCCUACAAGAGUACGAGAAGUAGUACUGAUACCGCUUACACCUCGUCGAGAAGUUCGGGGAAGAAGCGAAGUUUUGGCAGCCCUUCCUCUGUAAAGAUAUGUAUAUCGGCGGCGGCUAGGAAGUCCAAUAAAGCACGUAAGCGUGGCUCCGGAGCAGCCAGCGCGUCGCCGUCGCCCGCGCAGGCCGGCGAGGACGCGGCGCCUGCGCCGCAACCAGCGCCCGCCAGGAUGCAGGCCGAGCAAGGCAGCAUCGGCGAGCUGCAGAAGUACCAUGGCCGAUACCUCAAGAGCCGACGUCAUACCCUAGCUAAUGUCCGCUUCGAUGUGGAGAACGGGGGUGGUGCGGGAGGCGCGGGGGGCGCGCGCUCCCCCCUCGAGGGGGGCUCGCCGUCCACCGCGCUCGUCCUGCAGGCCAUGCCGCAGCGCCGCGAGUCCUUCCUCUACCGCUCAGACUCCGACUUCGAAAUGUCGCCCAAGUCUAUGUCAAGGAACAGCUCAAUCGCCAGCGAAAGAUUCAAGGAGGCCGAGGCGGCACAACUGGACAGAGCCCACGGGGAAGACUUGAUCGUGACGCCCUUCGCGCAGGUCCUGGCGAGCCUGCGCAGUGUUCGCAACAAUUUCUUAUGCCUCACCAACGUGCCGGUCGCCAAAUCCCGCAGGUCAUCGGGCGCAGCAUCCGCUGUUACUCCACAACCUAAGAAUCUAAACCCUGGAGAUGAAGCCUACAUGAAGCUAGCCUUAGAAACAGUUGAGGAGCUGGACUGGUGCUUGGACCAGUUGGAGACCAUACAAACACACCGCUCCGUGUCCGAUAUGGCUUCGCUCAAGUUCAAGCGCAUGCUGAACAAGGAGCUCAGCCACUUCUCCGAGUCCAGCAAGUCCGGCAACCAGAUCUCAGAGUACAUCUGCUCUACAUUUUUGGACAAACAACAAGACAUCGACCUACCAUCUCUACAAGUGGAUGAGGGUGCUGAAGCGCGGGCCAAGAAGAAGGACAAGCCGCGUCAUGCCGGACCAGCAACCACUAUGUCACAAAUUUCUGGCGUCAAGCGAACACUGACGCACACCAACAGCUUCACCGGUGAACGUGUGCCAAGAUACGGAGUAGACACUCCUCAUGAAGAAGAACUGGGACGUCAGCUCGGAGAAAUCGAUCGGUGGGGCGUAGACAUCUUCCGCAUUGGCGACUUGUCUUGUGGACGACCCCUCACUGCUGUCGCCUACGCCGCGUUCACGUCCAGGGAGCUGCUGGGCACGCUGCAAAUCCCAGCGCGCACUUUCCUCGCCUUCGCCAUCACUCUCGAGGAACAUUACGUGCGCGACAACCCGUUCCACAACUCGCUGCACGCCGCCGACGUCGCGCAGUCCACUCACGUGCUGCUCAAUACGCCCGCACUCGAUGCUGUCUUCACGCCCAUUGAGACGUGCGCUGCUCUGUUCGCUGCGUGUGUGCAUGACGUCGACCACCCUGGCCUCACCAACCAGUUCCUCGUCAAUUCAAGCUCAGAACUCGCCCUGAUGUACAACGACGAGUCUGUGUUAGAGAAUCACCAUCUUGCCGUGGCGUUCAAGCUUCUGCAGAACGAAGGAUGUGACAUAUUCGUCAACCUUCACAAGAAACAAAGACAGACGCUGCGUAAGAUGGUGAUCGACAUGGUUCUAUCCACGGACAUGUCGAAACACAUGAGUCUGUUAGCAGACCUCAAAACCAUGGUGGAAACAAAGAAGGUAGCUGGAAGUGGUGUGCUACUGCUAGACAAUUAUACCGACAGAAUACAAGUGUUGGAGAAUCUCGUACAUUGUGCCGAUCUGAGUAAUCCCACUAAGCCGUUACCACUCUACAAGCGAUGGGUAGCACUACUUAUGGAAGAAUUCUUCCAACAAGGAGACCGCGAGAGGGAGCAAGGAAUGGAUAUCAGUCCAAUGUGUGACAGGCACAACGCGACGAUAGAAAAAUCUCAAGUUGGUUUUAUCGACUACAUUGUCCACCCACUGUGGGAGACAUGGGCUGACCUAGUACAUCCUGACGCCCAAGACAUAUUAGACACUCUAGAGGAGAACCGCGACUAUUAUCAAAGUAUGAUACCGCCAUCACCGCCGCCAGCGCCCAUUCAGACGCACUCCCUGCCCGACGAUGACCGCCCCGAACAAAUACGCUUUCAAGUGACGUUAGAGGAGGGUGAGGGUUCAGAGGAGUGCGAAGGGGAGGGUGAUGGCGGGAUGUGACGGAAACUACUGGGAAUCUGCAAGAAACUCUCAGAGAAGAUGCAAGUCUGGUGGAAGCUCUGGCAGUAGCACGGCGCCGGCCGGGCCGGGGCGGGUCUUGUUGAUAAUAGUAAUACUUGUUGACGCUUACCCUCGAAAUGGAACGAUCCCGAUGCAUCGUCACAUUUCGAUCAUGAUUAUUUUUAUGUGAUUAUUACGCAAUGUUGUUUAGAAAAAUACCUAACGACUAAAUAAUUAUGUCCCUCCAAUGACUGUAACGUUCGAUUGUCUAGUAUUUUUACUAUUGUUUCGUUUUGUCUAACCAAAGAUAUAUGAAAUGUUCUUUCGUUCACGGAGACGUUCGAUAAUCCCUGUAAGUAGUUAGUAUUCGGUUCUUAAUGAGUCGUGUAAGUAGUUAUAGUCGUCGGUGCCGCAUAAUAUAUAUCGGCUCGACUAAGUAAGGACAUUGAAAACGCUUAUUAAUUGGUAUGAAAGGGUAAUUUAUAUUGUCAUAUCAUCCACGUUUCUCAUAUUUAAUACGGGUUUGCGAUAAUGAUGUUAUUCACCAAAAUAUAUUACCAUGAUAGAUAUCCUAAAUAUAAAAUCUAUUUUAAGGUAAAUUUUAAAAAUUGCCUUUCGGAGUUGUUGUUGUGUCUUUUCUGAAUAUAUAAUAUUCGGCCAGUUUCUCACUGCGGUAGUAACCGAAGCUCCGACAGCUCCCGGCCGAACCACGUAGAGUCCCCCCUCCCCCCUUCGGCAAUACAUGGCAUUACCCACGUGGCCAUCACAGUCCCAUGAUAAUACCUGUCUGGCGCUGCCCAGGCUCAGUAUACGGUUUUGGUGGAAGACACAAUUCAUUCUUAGAUCUCUCUUCGUAUUUGGUCGGGGGUCAAAAAGACACUUUACCAAAUUCAUCCUAUUAGAAAGCUUUACUUGAUUUUUGUGAACCUAAAUGCACCUCAUUACUUAUGGAGGAUCGCUGGCGAUCCGUUUAUUUUUCUCUUUAGAGUAAUGUAUUAUUAUUUUUGUAAUGUUACGUAUUUUAUUCUAGUUGUCUUUUACCCAAAUACAAAACAAAAAAAUUAGUCAUGAAUCUUUAAAGUUUUCGUGUACGCAACUAACGGCUUGAAGUGUUUGAUUAAAUUGUUAAGUACUAACAAAUGAGUGGUUUGCGACUAAGUUUUAUUUUGAGUGAAUUCAAAUAUCUAAGUAUUUGCUGGAUAAGUCGAAAGUAAUCGGUGCGCGGGCCGGGUAUUGCAAUAGUAGUAGGUAGUUCCGAAACACUUCGCACAACUGUUUUCUACUUCACCCAUUUCAUGCCAGGUAUGCUCCUUUCAUCAACUGUGUAAUCAUAUCAAACAUUAUCAGAAUCGCUGUGCAGAUCUGAUUUCGACUAUAUAUAACAAUAUUUGUGUACCUACAUAGAUUUGUCUUGUAAGGAAAGAGCGUAACUGAUAACUUUUUAAAUAUUUAACAACCACUGUGUAAAAGAUGUAAUAUAAAUAAGUAGAUGUCUGAAAAUUGUACAUUGGAUGGAAAAUCUAGAUUUUAUCCAGUUUCAUGUUGUCGUCGGUUGCAAAGUUUUCAUGUUUGUAACAAUGUUAUAUCAAUUAGCAUGCACAUAGCCACUUGAGCAUUCAGCUACAUACUCGUGUAUAACUUCGUGUAGGUACAUUUACAAUACUAUAAUAAGGAGGGUGUAAUACUUAAUAAACCUGUAUUAUUUUUGCAUUUCAUCAUUCAUCUUUUAUGUUUAAUGGACAAGUUAAGAGCUGGUCUCUAUUCCUUCAUGUACUCAAAAGAUAUUUUGUUUUAAACUGAUUAAAUGAUUGUAGUUCCUCACACUUCACUUGUUUUGUAUUUAUAUCAUUAUUAAAUAAUGUCCCCUAGUAUUAUUAUGAAAAGUAUUUUCUAAGUCAUCGUUUCUGUCAUUCAUCAGCAUCAAGAAGGAAGGUCCAAUGUACAUUAUUUUCGUAGAUAAAUUAAGAUUUUAUCGGCGAUCAAAUACUACGAGCAUGUGUGCAUCGCCUAUCUUCGAAGUGUCUGAUUUUAAAACUGCAUAGUUUAGAUAUUUGGUACCUACGUCAACGUAUAUAAACAUACAUACCUACUACAUUAAAAAUUGGAUACGCUUAACUACUUGUGUGUUAUAAAAUAGAAACAUUACGCUUAGAAUCAUUAAUUUUCUAAUUAAAACAUACGUAUUUGUAACUAAUUGUGUUGAAUAUGAUAUUCGUACUGCAGUAGAUCUGUGUAUAACGUACGUACCCAAUCUUUGGUAAUUCACAUAAUGUGAGCAUCUGCAUGUAUCUGCCUUGUACCUUUACCGAAUUGUCAUAAUCAUUACUUUUAUAAUAACUGUGUACAAUAAACAGGUUAAAUGAGCAGAUGGUAUAGGUAUCUAGAUAAUGUACUCGUUGUCUUAUGUCUUAUUUCAAUGGAAUUAUCUAAUUGCCUACCUAAUGCAAUAAAAUGGUAUAUUGUAUAACCAUAGUGGCAUGUCGGAUGUGUUGAGGAGCUGGUGAUUUGUGCUGAGCUGUUUGUGUAUCUCAUGAUGCUACUACCAAAGAACAUUCGAUUGAAAUGGAAAUGCUCUGCGUACGGUUACCCCAGCACAUCGGCCAUGUCUAUAUAAUCAAUAGUAAUUGUAGGAUACUUGUUUUCACCAAAGGUUUUCAGUGUUGUGUAUAUGUUUUAUCACUAUGGAGAACUAUCGCUAAGAUUGGAUAAUACCUAGUUAAAUAUUAAUACCGAGUUAAAGUGUGCAAUGCUGGUCAUUUGCAUUACUUAUUAUUUAUGUUUAAAAUAAAAAAAAAAAUAGCUUGUAAUAGUUUAAAUGAAUAUUUGAGUUGAAUUAAAGAAUAUUAAUGUAUUUAGAAUAAAAAGAUAUGGGAGAAAACUC